CCAGAGAAGAGAACUCGCUGGAUCACUGUUACACCACACCUGCCCACAGCAGCCCAAUACCGCUUUAAAAAAAAUGAUGGGGGAUUUGGACGCCCCCCCCAAUGUCUAAACCACGCCCUUGGGUGAACACACAGAGAGCAGACGGAAUUUUGCUGUGUAGAGUGACAAUGUAACGGGUGUUUGAAAUUGUCAUAUUUCUAUAAUUUAUACAGCUUUACCAUACAUCUUUUCAUGUGAAAUUUACAAUGGCCAAAACACCAUACCGUAACGUCUUAUACGUUGUCACUGUCAUUUCUCAGUACAGUAUUUUACUGUAUUUUCAAUAGAUGUUUUCAAACAGUUUUCAACGCAAAUUACCAUCAACAAGUUUACAAUAUUUCUGUUUUUUAAUAGUCAUUUGCCGUAAACAAAUAACAGUUUUGAACUGUGAAAUUUACAACUGACAUAAAACAUCCUGUAUUUUAAUAGUUGUUUAAAUAGUUUAAUAGUUGACGCUGUCAUUUUUACGGUGGAGUUCUGGCAACCACAGUUGCCAGUAUUUCACCGUAUUUUCAACAGAUUUUAAUUUACAGUGUACACUCAUUUUACACCCAUUUUACUCAUACAUACACACACACACACACACACACACACACACACACACACACACACACACACAUAUAUAUAUAUAUAUAUAUAUAUAUAUAUAUAUAUAUAUAUAUACAUAUAUAAUCCCCUUUUUUAAUUUCAUUUUUAGAUUCAUUGCUGCAUGUUUUUGUAAUAGAGAGCACCCAUAAACAGAGUCAUAUAUAUAGAUCUAACAUAUAUAUAUAACAUAUAUAUAAAUAUAUAUAUAAUGAAAUCAACGCAUAGAAAAAGUGCACUGAAUAAAUCGUGCCUCUUUAACUGAGGUAUUCCCAGGACGCGUGAGGAGGGAGGGUUCAUCGGGUUCAUGUAGUAUUGGACGCCUCCUCCCAUCUCUGCCUCGGAGAACGGGGGGGCUGUGAGGCGGGUCGGUGAUGGCAAACGAUGGAAGUCUGCAGCGGAAGCGGCUGAAUGGUUCGAGCGUGACCUCUUCGGGACACAGAGAGCCGAUCAGCUGGUGGCUCCAGACGAGCUGCCAUUUUUGGGUCAUUUGAGGCAUCCGGCUGCAACCAACCUGUCUGCAUGAGAUACAAGCCCGCUGUAAUCGUUUGACUGGGAUGGGGGGGUUGGCUUUGUCCUGAGCUGUCUAGUGGUGGAAUAUCAACAUAAUGGCUGAUGGAUGUUGCAGAGGGAUGGAAAGAGGCAGGGGUAAGAUUUCAUCCGAUUCGUUACCGAGACCCACUUAUUCUCAGCAGUACGUGCACAACGGAUCCCAGCAGCAGGGCGCUGACAUCCAGGAGCUAGCAUCCAAACGCGUGGACAUCCAGAAGAAGCGCUUCUACCUGGACGUGAAGCAGAGCGUGCGCGGCCGCUUCCUAAAGAUCGCCGAGGUGUGGAUCGGAAGAGGCCGCCACGACAACAUCAGGAAGAGCAAGCUGACGCUGUCCAUGUCCAUGGCCCCCGCUCUGCGGGACAGCCUGGGGGACUUCAUAGACCACUACGCGCGUAUCGGGCUGCGGGCGGGGCCUGCGCCCUCAGUGCCGUCUCCGACCGGCUCCGCUGUGUCCGACGAGCAUGCCCACCGCGUCCUCAAGAGCGAAUUGAUCGAGAGGGACAACAGGAAGUACUUCCUGGACCUGAAGGAGAACCAGAGAGGUCGCUUCCUCCGCAUACGGCAGACUGUCAGCAAAGGACACGGCACCAUGGGCUACUACGGCCAGGGCAUCGAGCAGACCAUCGUGCUGCCCGCGCAGGGGCUCAUCGAGUUCAGGGACGCUCUGUCGCAGCUCAUCGAAGACUACGGCGACGAGGAGAGCGACGACCGGGGCCGAAGCGGGUCCCGAGCCGGGUAUCGGAACCACGACGACAGCCCGGAGCUUCCAGAGGCCGCGUCUUUCCGGGUGGACAACAAGAGGUUUUACUUUGACGUCGGUUCCAACCGGUAUGGUAUCUUUUUAAAAAUCAGCGAGGUGCGGCAGCCGUACAGAAACACCAUCACGGUUCCUCUGAAAGCUUGGUCCCGAUUCGGAGAGAAUUUCAUCCGGUACGAGGAGGAGAUGCGACGGAUCUUCUCGUGUCACAAAGAGAAGAGGAUAGACAGCGAGGAGCGGGAGGACUGACUGCAGCAUGCUGACUUCUUGCAUGCAUUUUACGGACUGGAUUCUAAAAUAUUCAGACUAGACAGCGCUCCCUAAUCCCCCCCCCCCCCCCACACACACACACUCUUCCACUGUCCACCUCCACUUUGUGACACGAGUGACCCAAGUAGUGUCAAUAGGAAUGUGCUCCCCGACUAAUUCACUCAUAAUUGAUCAGUUUUAGACAACUGUCAACCACAGCUAAAAGCAUCUUAACAUACGGUACAAUGUUCCAUUACAAUGUUUAAAGAAGACGGCCAAAAGACAUUUUGUCCUUUGUGGUCCUGAAAGGAAACAGAGUACCUCUUGGAGGGCACUGAGCCCCAGGUAGGAACCUACUGUGCUGCUCUUCAGUGGACUACAUCCUACACCAUAACAGUUACUACGUCUGUUACACGUUUGAUAGACUGCAGCACACACACAGCUGUUGCCAUGUUGAGGUUAAGCUUUCACAUCAAAACGCUGGGCUUACGGAGCAGGCAGAAUAGCCUGCAACAUGCUGAUUUGCUGCUCCCCCCGGCAGCGUGGAGGGGAGGGCGGAGGUGUCCUCGGGCCUCGUGGUUUUUGAUGAGCUGUUGGACUGCAUUUGGUUGUUGUUUACAGGCUCUCGGCUCUGUUCAGCGCUUUACGUUUUUUAACCUGGUCUCCAAAGCAAACAGAAAUAAAUAGAAACAUUUAUCAGCUAUUGCAAAUACAUCGUCUUUAUAAUUCUAUCCAUAUAUGUAAUAUAAUAUUUGAUUGCUUAUGUUCUUGGGAAUUGGCAUGAAUUUAUUUUUGAAAAGAAGAAGCCAGUUGAGGCCUGGUUGUUCUGCUGAGCAGCCAAGAUAAGGAUCACAGUCCUGACAGGAAGGCGACCUGAAGCUGCAGGACACAGCCGCACUGCAGAAACGCGUCCAGCAUCCAAUCUAGUUCUCCACUAAAUCUGGGAGGAACAUUCAUAUUUUGUUCAUUAUCUGGUCACCACUUUUGAACCAUUAUUUAUUUUCCCAACAGAGUUGUGAACAGUUCACCAAAGACAAAUUUCCAGAUUACUUUAUUGUUGUUUAUUCAUUGGACUGAAUGACAAAAUGUGUCCAAAACUUUGUAUAUUUUUUCUGUACAUUGCUUUUUAUCCAUUUUAAUCCUCUUAUGAGCCCUGAAACUGAUUCCACUGAAGGAGGCCAUGUGCCAGUUGCAUAAAGAUGCCUUUUAAACUCUAGUUGAUACUUGAACUAUUGAAAAUUAUAUUGGUGCUUGGAGUCCGGCUAAUACCUGGGUGGUGCAAGAGUUAUGUGCCCAUACAGUUUCUGUUUGUCUCUGGGCCUCUGUGUUUAUAUCAGAGGUGACAUUAGAAACCACGUCUGUUUCCCAGAUGCCAUCAGGCCGCCUCGCUGCUCAUUGGUGCACCAGUUAGAGAAACAAUUGGUAGCCCCGACCGUCCUUUUAGAUACAUCGAUGUGCUCGUCUCUUUAUUUGACAUUUCCCCACUAGCUACUGUUGAGAAUGUGAUGAAGUUGUCUUAAAGUCUUAGUUGUGUGUUGGUUUUUUGCUGUGUGACUCCCUAAAGAAUCCAGGAAGUGCUGCUUCUCUUUAACCACAGAGGUUCAAAGUGAUCCAGGGUUUGCUUUACAUUGAGCUCUUUGUUGUGUGAGGGCCACUCACCAACAUGAAACAUAGCAGCAUCGCUGUGAACAUAAUACAACUAAAACACACUCUGUGUAGUUUGUGUCAACGGCAUUCAAUAUUAUUCAUAAUUCUAACGAGCACAUUACAAAUAAGACUGUUGAGGAAUAUGAUGGUGUCUAUGUAGCUAUAGUGGUCAUAGCCUUAGUAGUGAUGCCCAUGUUUGUGAGAUGUUGCAGACGCACAGCUGUGGAGAAGCGUCUGCCAAUCACCUGCCGGCUCAUCAUGUCACCUGUCAGGGGUUUGUCAUGUCCAGUCCUUUCUGAUCGAGGGGCGGGUUUCCAUUAAAAAGUGCAUAUUGACAUUUAAACAUACUUUUAUUCAACCAACAAUCCAAAUCUGUCUGCAAGGCCUAACAAACUGUGGUCAUAAUAGCAGCUCAUAAAGUCUCAAACGUGACCCCAGCAUGCCUUAACUGAUUCUAGAUCUACUUUUAAAGAGUGUUUUACUCUAGAGGAGUGUUGCUGACCAUCUUUACAUCAUCUUGUAUUAUCUUGGGGGUAAACCAAUCAUUUUAAAGACACUACUUUGUUUUGUGUUACAUGCUUUAUGAAUCAGACCGAACAAAAGCAUUAGGCAGAGUUAAAUUAUUAUGCAAACCUGAUCAAAUUUCCUGCGACCCAUGGUGGGUCUGGACCCAGUCAUUAGGAAUCAAUGCUUUAAAAGAUUAAGGGAUUAGCAUCCAGUUCUGAUCAAGAGUUGGGCUCUUCUCUCAGUGAGACUCUACUGCGGAUCGAUUGCACUCAGUAGUAUGCUUGUUUAAUGGUGUCCAGAUUUAGUGACUUGACUGAUAUUGGAGUCGAAGGGAAAAUAAAUAUUUAUAUUGCUUGCAACCGGUUGUGGUGAUGCGUUUAGGUGCAUUAAGUCACAGGACUAGUUGGUUUGGUGUGUUCGUUGCCUGAGGUAGAGCAUGAACGUUAAUGAUCCUGUCCGUUGUUUUCAUUUUUCAUAUGAAUGGAAAAGGUUAUACAGAGAAGUGUGGAAGUAUAACUGAAAGCACAAUUUAUUUAAAAAUAACGUGUCUACAUCCAAUUCUUUACAUUGAUUUGAUUCAAGAUUGAUCGCCAUUAGAUUUGUCAAAAGAAGCAAAUGUUUCUAUAGCUCUUAGUGAAGUAUUAUAUGAUUACAAAGAGGUUAUAUUUAUUCUCCUAGAAGUAGAAUGAGAAUUCCUUAUAAAAGUUAUAAAGUAAUUUGUCUUUUGUAUUCCAAAUAUCACUCCAAAAAGCACUUUAUCUAAAAGCUGCACUUCCGUCUGCUGCUGGCUCCCAGUGGGCGUCGAUGCAGCGUUUCUAUCCCUUCGGUACCGAGUGACAAUCAUGGAUCCCUGCUCAAAGAAUCGAAACACGACCCCCAUCAUGACAGCUUCUGUAGACCAACGUCUAUAGUGGAACAUCUUGUGCACAUCAAUGCAGAGGUCCUAUUGGAGAAUAGCGUUGGAUGUCCUGAUACACUAAAGUUGAAUGGAUUUUUGUGAAAUUUGAAAAAGAGAUUAGUACCUAGUGGACUUGAAAGAUGUGAGAGCUGUGCUCAACCAAACCAUCUGAAAAGCCUCUGAACUUCACAUGAUAGCUGAAUGGACCAAUGUUUAGACAAUAACAUUUGAUCACAUUCAGAUACAUGUAGAUGAAUCUUGUUCAAAACAGGACAUGAACCUCACGUAAAAAAAGGUUUUUGUUACACAGAUAAUUUUUAUUUGCAGCCAAAAUGACAACUGUUGUAUCACACACUAUGAACACUCAUGUCACAACAUUUCCUGAGACUAAAAUGAGUUUGGUAGAAGAAGAAAAACAUCUCUUUUUCUGUUAUAGUUGUGUAUGCUCCUGUCUUCUGUGUAGAAUCAAGAUGUGUACUGGAUGUUGCUUGUGGAGUCCUCAUUUCCUAAAUGUUGGGAACAACGUCGUACUGCAGAGCUAAAAGAUGGGAUAGGAAAGCUGAGUUAAGAUUUUGACUAAAUUAAGAUUUGUGAUGCUGACUAACAUAACAAAUGAACCCUCAACUUCCUCUUUCAAAAUCCAAAUAAAUAACUGCAUAGAAAGAGAAAAGAGUUGAAAAUACUGUCUGUAUUUCUAACAUUGUUAGUCACUUAUUUGAGUAACACAAAGUGUCUAUCUAAUAGGUUCAUGCUCUUUGUUUCCGUAUAGAGAGGCGUACUGGUGCUGUGUUUCAUGUAUCCUUCAUAUUACCGCUAGAUUGGUUUCUGACAGCGAUAACAUGGACAAUGAAAAAAUAACAAGUGAUCUGUAAACUUGUCGUGUUGUAUGUUCUAUCAUUUGGAGUUGGAAGCCCGUCACAUGACAUUGAGAUGACACAGGAAUACAACAAGCUGUGUAUUCACACAUUUUGUCACCACAGCUGCCCUUCCUUCUCCCUCAUGGAAGAACAAGAAGUAGCUGCUUUAGGAACUCUUUGGUCUCUUUGGGCUGUGAGGAGUCAGGAUGUUGGUGGAUGGAGAGCGAUCUCACAGCAGGAGGGCAAGAGGAUGUUGGACUUUGAUGAAUAAUUUUAUGAAAGGAGAUCUGGACUGUUAACAACGAUCUAAUGUUUCCAACCCUGACGCCUUAAAGCACCGUUACAAGUGGACUGAAUCUUUGCUAAGUGCAAUGCUGACUUUUAUUUUUAGCUAAUGAGAAAUGGUCGAAAUAUCUGCUGAUCAAAGCUAAAAUAAAAGUAUUUCUCAUAGGAUUGUUACUACACAUCUGGAUGACACACCAUGAUGAAAAUGACCAUUUUACAGCAUUCAAAGGAAUGAGGUGGGACACACCUCACAGUGUAUUCGUAUGUCUGUGGUUGUGUAGGUCGAGUGAUGCCAAUGUGUGCACACUGAAGAAGAGUUCUGCUUUUCAAGUGACAAAUAUAGAGGUGUCGAUGUUUGGUAUCCUUUUAACAAUGAGUUGAAUAAUAAAAUAAUUUAAUGAAAAUUAUAAAAUAUUAUAAAAUAAAUUAAAUAAUGAAAAGUUGAAAAGCUGUAUAUCUACUUAAGUGUAACGUAUAACAUUAGUGUGUCCAAUAGUCCUGUAGGCCAAGAGGAAAAACAAGGAACUUUUGUACUUUUGCACUUUCUUUAAUGUAUACCGUAUUAGUUCAUCCUCUAUAUGUAAAGUAUUGUAUGAAUAAUCAUUAUUUUCCUUGUAAUGUUUGAGCGAUGCCAUGUUUAGAAAAGGAAACCAAGAAAACGUCUUUAGAGUGUAUGCAUGCCAAUGCUUGGGUCCCAGUAUAAUAGGAAACUGUAUGAAAAAAUGGUGCUAUGUUACAAUAUUUAAAGGUGCUUUCAUGGACCCCAGCUGAAUGCAUGAAAACAGGAACUAUCAAGAGAAAAAAAGAGAAGAUAUUGAUGUCCUAAUGCUGUUCCUCCAAAGACUUGGCAAGUUAGUAUCCCGACCGUGGUGUACAACAUAGAAGUGGAAACAUGAAUUUCUUACUUAAAAUGAGAAAUGCAAUGAAUAGGACAUGACAGAAAUCACACGUGAUCACAAAUGGCAAAGUCUAACUGUAAAUCAUUAUAACAACAUCGCUGUCAGACAGACCAGAACCAGGCUGCAGCCUCACUGGUUGCAGCCCAGAGGAUUCCAUUUGGACUGAGCACUUUUAUAAAGGCAACAUAAAAAACAAAAGCAUUUCAAACUAAAAAGGUGUCUGUCAUGGGUCAUGUCAUGUGUAUUUACAGUUACAUUGCCUUUCUGAUAAAGGUCUAAAAGAAAUAUAGACAAUCUAUUACAUCAUUUUGUACUUUUAAUCCUUCAUAUGUUUAUUUGUUUGAAUAAAAAAAUGAUAUGGGAUUUCAUGAGUUAUAAGGCAGCAAAUAUCAAUACUCCACUCAUGGAGGCCUAAAGUAGUUAAACUGAUUGUUGUGAAAAAAGAAUAUGGAAAAAUAAAGUUAAAUGUUUAUUGGUUGUAAUGAUCAUCUUUCUUUUUAUGCUGUUCAUUAAAUGUUUUACACUAUUAUCAA